CUACCCCCCCCUGUUAUCAAUGGCCUGCCUGACAUGAAAUGUGACCAAUCAAGAAAUAUAAAGAUGGUUGGAAGUUCACAAUUUGCUUUCUUCACUUUUAAAUAGCCAAAUAGUUUUACUGAAGCGAUGUAGGGCUUGUGAUCGUUGAAUUGGGAUAACCAAGUAGCUGGCGAGAAAGUAUGGUAUAUAGAUAGCAAAGGUUUGUUACAAAUCAGAUAGGCGAUAUAAUACUGUUCCUAACAUGGGAGACUGCAACAUUAGCCUUCCGUACCACACAAGUCCAGAAGCGAGAGAAAAGUACUGCAAGUUCUCAUAUACCUCCUGGUGUUCAACAUGUGAAAAAAAUUCACCGAGAAGGCGAACAAAAAGCGAGAGUUUGGAUUGUUGCAAGAAGAAAUGCAAAGACAUGAAGACUCUCACACCUAAGAAGUACAAUAAAUGCCAUGAGUACGAAAAUAUGGAAUUAGAUUAUGAUUCGAAGAAUUGGCAUGAUGCUAAAUAUGACUGUUGUAGAAUAAGAUCAAACUUAGUAGAGCUUCCAACCUCAUAUAUCACCAACAAUUGUCAAAUGCCAUCAAGUAUGACAGUAUCAACCAAAAAUGAUGUAGACUGUUUAAAGUCCUUCAAGCCAUAUGAUUACUGUUCUGCAUCAGAUUCUUUUCAAUCGAAACAACCCGCUGAAAGUUUAUUUACAAUGGAAUCGCGAAAUAAACUCCUAGAACCUAGUAAAAAUGUAGCAAAGGCUCGGUCCCAUAAGCAGGAGUUUUCUUCUGGUUCCUAUUUAAAAUCAAAUGGCUUCCAUGCACCAAAACUGCGAUUAGGUAGCGACAAUCAAGAUCUAGAGAACGCAAACAACUGUGUCGCUUCCCGAUUAAAUACUUCCAAUUGCAGAGAAUAUUGUCAGCUAGUAGAUCUCAAAGGGCACGAUAUAAAUGGCCAUAAACCAUUGUGUUAUGACACCGAUACUUAUUUUAAUCGAGCAAUAGAUAAAGAGCGAUACUCCAAAGAGGUUGAGCUUUUGAGGGAAAAGCUGAAAAUUCUACAAAACUCUUCAUAUACAAAUCAUCAGCGCCAAGCUCUAAAUAUAAUCAAUUUAGAUGCUGCCAAAGGGGAUAGUUUAUCAACCACUACCAUCGAAAUUAAACCAAAAGUAGGAAAGAAGUCGUCACCUGUUCAGAUAGUGAGGAAUACGAAAUCAAAAGUUUCCCUAAAAACUAGGAAAUCUGCGCCUUUGCGACUUAAGAAAGCCAAAAGUAAAAGUGGGAACCCUUUGAGUGAGAACCAUUUAAGUAGUGGGUCGGAAAGUGAUGCCGUUGAAGAUGAUACUCUGGAUGAAGAUGCUGAGAGUGUAUCAAGUAGUGAUCCUGUGUCUUCGACUGAUGAAAGUUCUAAAUACUCAGGAGGAAUUUCGUCGACUGGAGGUGCACAAUCAGGUUCUGAAGGUGCAACUUGGCCAGUUCGUUCCAGUUUAUUUCCAUACGUGCCACCUUACGUGAAGUUUCGACCACAUGAUUUGGAGACUGCGUACAAAUUGCCGUGCGGGAGAAAAUUUUUCAAGUGGAAACUUAGCACCAUCACUCCAAUUAUCGUUCGAAAGACUUUGUCGAAUUCUGGAUUUGCCUUGGUUAGAAGUGAGUUCAGUAGAGAAUCAAAUCAAUGGCUGGGCACUUGGGGGAAACACAUGAAGUCUCCAAUGUUUAAAACAUUGAAAGAGACUCAAAAAUUGAAUCAUUUUCCCGGCACAUUCCAGUUAGGAAGAAAGGAUAGGUUAUGGCGAAAUUUUCAAAAAAUGAUUUCAAAAUAUAGUCUUAAAGAAUUCGGGUUUCUACCUCAUACCUACGUACUACCUCAAGAGCUGAAGCUUUUAAAACAGAAUUGGGACUUUUCUGGGCCGAAUGGGGGAAAGGACAUGUGGAUUAUUAAACCUCCUGCAUCAGCACGAGGUGUGGGCAUUAAGGUGAUCAACAAAUGGUGCCACUUACCUAAGAAAACGUCCCUAGUAUGUCAAAAAUAUAUAAAUAAUCCCUACCUCAUCAAUGGGAGCAAGUUUGACUUACGACUGUAUGUAUUAGUUACCAGUUUCCAUCCUCUGAGAAUCUAUUUGUACCCUGAUGGAUUAGCAAGAUUUGCAAGUUCCAAAUACAGUGAUGAUGUGAAAGACUUAAAGGAUAGGUACAUGCACCUUACGAAUUAUAGUAUUAAUAAACUUUCCAGUCAGUACACCGCUAAUGAGGAUGCGAAUGCGUGCCAGGGUCACAAAUGGACUCUUACAAAACUUCUGGAAUAUAUGCAUGAUGAAGGCGUGGACACCAAAACUCUCUGGAAGCAUCUUCAACAAUUGGUAAUCAAGACAAUAAUCUCAUCUGAAGCCUUAAUCACUCCUCUAUGUGAAGAAAAUAUGAAUAGUUACUAUAAUUGUUACGAGUUGUUUGGUAUUGAUGUUUUAUUAGAUGAGCAUCUGAAGCCAUGGCUGCUAGAGGUAAAUAUUUCACCCAGUUUGCAUAGCGCAUCACCUCUGGACGCCCACGUGAAGGGUCCGUUAGUACAAACUCUAUUCGAUAUAGCGCAAUUUCAUUUUCCCUCCCGAUUAUCACAAAACGUGAAGAACGCCCCCGAGUGUUUUGAUAAUCGGAUAUACACGAGGACGCUUACUAAGAAGGAGCGAAUCAAACACGCUAAUUUUGUACAGUUUGAAGACAGAAAUGAUUACGUGUAUGAUAUUUUAAAGGAUCUAACAGGUGAUGACAUCCGGCAUUUACUGAGAGCGGAAGAUGAGUACGUAGUAAAAGGGAAAUUUGAAAGAAUAUUUCCCACCGCUCAUACUCAUAAAUAUUUAGAUUUUAUGGAGCCUAGAUACUACAAUCGACUGUUUGAUGCUUGGGAAUCCAAAUACGCGUCUAGAAGAGAGGAUGGAAUAGCCUUACUUCAAACGCAUUGCGCACAAAAAGUCCACUUGAAAGUUGGGCAAUUAAAUUCUCUAAAUAAGAGUUGUCAGAGUAUGAACCUUGGCCAGAUCCCCACGAGUAUGCAGCCAUCAAUCAACGGACAGACUCGUCCUUUAGAAGAAAUUAUGCAAGACACGUCAAUAUCUAGUAAAAUGUCAGUUAUUUGCGAAGAAAUCAACGUUUAAAAUCAAGAGCGUUUUAGAAACACAUCCGGUUUCAACAACCUUGACUGCCACAGAGUCCAAUCUUCAUUAAAUCAUCAGUGGAUAAAUUUGUUUCCUCAAAAUCAAUCGCAUUUAAUUGUGUAUGAAAAUAUGAUCCUUUGUUUUAAAUAUAA